GUCACCAACUAGGUGAACCGGUAUCGGCGUUGCAUAGUGUAUUGCGACUAACGGAGGAAGAAGAACAGCGGGUAGAACAUAAACGUAACAGAUUGGUCGAGAGCUUCCCGCCCGGUAGUGGGGGUAGGGGCUCGGCCAAUCAGGAACCUUUAUGUUCUACCCGCUAUUCUUUUUCCUUCGUUAGUCGAAAUACACUAUUGACUCGCCCAACCAACCGGCUUCCACUAAAAUUUCCCAGAUUAGCAAAAACCAUAUCAAAAGACAAACACAAUUUAAUCGUGGUUCUCACGCUGUAUAUGCGCCCAACCUGCUGUAUGCCAUAUUCAAAUAAUUCUUGUGUCCCCGGCUCCUUCAGUUCUUUUCCGACUUGCGUCGAGUCAGGACCAAAAGCGCACACACGUAUAUAGCCAGGGCUGUCCUGACAGUCCCCGUCGCCGCGAUGGACGUCGUUUUGGUGUUCGCGGUAAUGCUGGUGGUGUGGCGGCUGGCGCUCGCGCUGCCCAGCUACUGGAGCAGCUGCUGGAGGUUUCGGCGCCUCGAGCUGGCCAUCCCCGGGCCGCCCUCCUUGCCGCUCGUCGGCAAUCUACUCGACCUGGCGCUCGUGGCCGACGAGGGCCGCCUGCGGGCUGUGCUGGAGUGGUGGGGCGGUCGCCACGACCAGUUGUCCAGGAUCACCCUCGGCACCAAGCUGCUCGUGCUGGUCAGCGACCCGGACCACGUGGCCGUCGUGCUCAAGGACCCGCGCUUCGCGGAGAAGCCCGCCUUCUUCUACGGCUUCCUCGAGAGCGUGAGCGGGCGCGGCGUGCUCACCGCCAACGGCCGGCACUGGAAGCGGCACCGCGCCGCCAUGCUGCCCGCCUUCCACCACAGCGUCGUGGACGCGUACACGGCCGUGUACGCGGAGGAGGCGGCUGAGCUGGUGGCCGGGCUGCGGGGCCUGCGCGGCCGCGGCGCGGGGACGGGCGCGAAGCUGAGGGACCUGCUGACGCGCACCCUGGCCCGCGCCUCCGUGCGCACCAUCCUGGAGUCCGAUGUGCUGCCGGAGGACGAGCCCUACCUGGAGCAGAUCGUGCGCAACGUUGGUCGGUGCCUCAUGGACGUGAGCGUGCGCACCUUGAGGCCCUGGCUGUGGCCGGACGCCGUGUUCGCGCUGUCUUCUGGCGGCCGGCGGAUCGCCAGCUUCAAC